AUGCGUAUACAAAAAGCAAAUCAGAUCAACACAAGUGUUGAUGAGCUUAUAUAUACAGUAGAAUCGGAAAAAGAAAAUCAUCGUAAACGUUUUAAACAAACAGCAACGAAAAAUUUAUUAUAUAAGAAGCGAAAGUUGCUUCAAACAUUCGAACCAAAACAAUUAACUGCUGAUGAUAUCAAAGAUCAUUUUACUUGGGCAUUAUUAUCAACAAUACUAUGUUUUUUUAUUAUUGGUCCUUGUGCUGCAUUAUAUUACAGUGGACGUAUAAAAAAUAUGAUUAAAAAUGGUGAAUAUAUUGAUGCUUAUAAAAUUUCUCAAAGAGUAUCUAAUUUAUUAAUUGUAUCAAAUAUAAUUGGUGCUAUGAUUGGGAUUCUAGUUAUGUUGACUUGGUUUAGUCAGAGGAAUACGCCAUCCAUCUCCGGCGCACUACACAAAGUUAAUGUAAAAAUUAUUCCAUUGUUAGUGCAACGACGUCAUCCUAAUUCUCAACAACGUCUUGAACAAUUAGUUAUUGAUGCUUGGAAUCAAAUUCCACAAUCUGUAAUACGUGGUUAUAUUGACCAUAUUCAAGAUGUUUGUUAUCAAGUAAUAGCGGUUCAAGGCUGGGAAAGUUUGGGAUAA